AUGGAUGUACCAAGCUUCACCCUACGAUUCAAGGCUCUCUCGGACGAUCCAACUCAGCCCGUGCAGAACUGCCAAUUGCACAUCGUGAGUUCCGAUGUGGUUGAAGUCUUUGCCAACUGCGCCUCCGCGACCAUUGACACUGAAGGCAAGUGGUACCAAGCGGACGCGUUUGGUGUGGUUAGUGUCAUCGUUUCUACUGCAGACAUGGCCUCCUUUACCCUCCAAGUGGACCAGUUCCAGGCUGUUGGAGGUACUCCUGUGGCCAUCCAGACCAAUGUCUUGAACCCCAACGGAAAGCUGAACACCAAGCUUGCCUUCAUCCAACAUGCAAACGAUCUCUUGAAUGCCAAAACCCAGACGGGGGGGCUUGAACAAAACCCGAUCUUCCUUGGUCGGCCAGGCCAACCCUUGAAGAGGAUCGACAACAAUCCCAAGGUCUACAACCUCAAGGGCAAGAGGCCGACUAUUCUCGCCGGCAUUGUUGGAGACAACACACCCAGAAAAAUAGAGCGUUUCUUGGAUAGACUGAGCGAGACCAGCUGGUAUGACCCUUGGGGUUUCUUCUCGUGGUGUUACGAGAAGCCCAAACAGGCUACAAGUUGGAUCCUUCAGAAAAUUGGCAAUGCCCUGAGCUUGGUGAUAGAAAUCGCCGGCACGGUGUACAAGUUCAUUCUCGACGGUGUUGAAGUUGGAAAGGCCAUGAGCUGGGUGUUUGAGAAGAUCACUGUUGGAGUACAGAGGCUGAUUGACUUUGUCGGUUUCAUCUUCCAGUGGGGAGACAUCCUCGACACCUCUGACAGCAUCGUGGCCUCUAUUAACGCUGGUCUCGGAUAUGCGCAGGACAAAGUUGCGUAUGGAGGCAUGGCUCAGAGUGGCAAGAUCAACGGCGCAGCGGAUCUCAUGUCGGCGAUGCCAACUCUCGAGGACGGCACUACUCUUCAAGACCUCUGGAAUGACUUGCCAACUAUCUUUCAGACUCUGUACUACUACAUCACCGCCAUUGGUGGCGAUGUGAGCGACCUGUUCACCCCUACCACUACGUCCACCGACGCAUAUAACAAACUGAAGCUCGACUUGAUCAACGCUGCCGUUGAUACGACGCAAAAUGUUCUAGAUCUCCUCGCUAUCGAGCUCCCCAUCUUCACUGCCCUCUGGAAAGCCAUCGCCGGCGGCAGGGACUUUGCCGUCUUCAAUGCCUUUUCACUGCUCAUGGCCAUACCUGUGACCUUUGUGUACAAGGUGGUCGAUGGCACAGCACUGCCGUCCCUGAAGGGCAUGGACAAGACUACUUUCGCAGCCUACGUGAAUGGCACCCUAGGCGACGAUGACUCGGAUUUUGGCAUCACCCGCACCCAGAUUCAGAUCGUUGGGUUCGCUAUAGCGGUCACAGCUAUCCACCUUGAAGUGGACUUUCAGCUCAUCAGCUGGGUGACCAAGAAGAUCCAAGGCCUCGCUGCCGUGACCAUUGACACUGGUCUGAUCUUUGUUGGCGUAGCUAUGCUGAUCAUCGGAUGGCCUGUUGCUGGUCAGAAGGACAUGGGAAUGAGAUUCAUCAUCAUUGUCAACAACGACUCAGAGCCGAGCGACCUAAGUCUUCUUGCCCGGCACAUCGUGGAGGAUACAUUCGACAUGAUCAAGGCGUGGCUUGCUAGUGUGGGCGAGGUUGUCGAAGAUAUCAAAGUCAAAGCCGUUGCCAAGGGCUUGGGCAGAGAUGCAGGGCAAGAGGUGGUAGUUCUCAGUGAUAUAGUCUUCCUCGUUGCUGACGAGGUCACUAUUCGACGAAAUUUCGAGUAA